UGGGAUUCUCUACAGACUUACAUGAGGGACACCAGAGCUCUUUCCUCCACGCCCCAGUAAGAGUUUGCCAGCAAAUCAUUGAAAAACCAAGAUGGUAAGUGGAAUGCUUUGGGGAUGGUUGGCACACAACUUUUUCUUUAAUCUAGAUUAGGUUUAAAUGGUGGAAAGGGAGAUUUGUGUGUGGAGAGGGGGUGUGCAAAGGCAUUCAGAAUUAUGAGGAUUGUGUACCUCACUUGCUGAGGCUUUCUCAGACUCCAGGCUUAUCUGAAGGCUUAUCCACCCUUACUUUUCCUCUGCUCUUUCCAGGCACAGUCUGUGCUUUGCAGCAGGGGUAGGCAACCUAAGACUGGAUGCGGCCCAAUCGCCUUCUCAAUCCGGCCCACGUACAGUCCAGGAGUUUUUACAUGAGUAGAAUGUUUCCUUUUAUUUAAAAUGCAUCUCUGGGUUAUUUGUAGGGCAUAGUAAUUUGUUCAUAUUUCCCCCCAAAAUAUAGUCCAGCCCACCACAUGCUCUGAGGGACGGUGGGCUGACCCACGGCUGAAAAAGGUUGCUGACCCUGCUCUAUAGCUUUAGAGCUCACAUUUGGGGAUCAAAUCCAAAGCCGGGAUUGCUUUUGUAAUUCUGGAACGGUCCCUCUUAAAAAUCCCUCUUAAGUAUAAAAUGACCCAACUCAGCUACUCAAGUGUAGAAGCUUAAUAUAGAGGGAUUUUUUCAAAGGCCUAGGGUUGAAUCCAGUGCGAAUCAUACCCAGAGUAGAUCCAUUGAAAUUGAUGGACAAGACUAACUUACGCACAUUAAUUUCAGUGGGUCUGCUCUGAGUACAAUUUAGGCACAUAGAAUCCAUUUUUAACAGAACGAGAGGUUCUAGAUAUAAAUAUAUGAUAGCACCAUCUUGAAUGAUUUGUGCAUGUGUGUGUCUGUUUUGCAGAAAAUUCUCUUGAGCCUGACUGCCUUGUCUUUGACACUUGCCUUGUGUCAGGGAUUCUGCAUGUUCAGCGAGCACAAAGCAGAGAUUAAAGAUGGUAAGUAAACAGCAACGUAAUGUUAAUAUGUAACCUAUUCAUGGCCAAAUAAUUAUUUAAUGUUUGAAAAAUGUGUUCCUGACUAGAGAUGAGGGGGGAAAUGCACCCCAUUCAUAUUUUAACAUAAACCUACCAAAUCUGCUCUUGCAGAACCAGAACACAGACCAAAAUGCAGCUACCUUCAAAAUCUACACUUCUCUGGAUGUUGUGAUGCUGCUCAGAGUCUAAAAUGACCUGUCACUGCUCCCGUCUCAUCUUCUCAUUGAUGAGUCCCUGCUUAAGCUCUUACUUUUAUUGUGUAUUUUGUGUUUCUUAUAUUGUAUUUUUAGGUUGUGAACUGCCCUGAGGAUGGUAUAUAAAUAGUAAUAAUAUUAACUGUUAGAAAUUGAAACGGCCAGAUUCCCCAUCCACAGGGCACCCCAUUCACUCCCACCAUGUUUUAAGCUUGGAACCACCGUCUGCAGACACAAGCAGGAGACUGCAUGGCCGCUGUAUAAGUCACUGUGCUUUGUGCUGAGCAGCAGCUUCUUACUGCAUGAGCUGUUUGGGGGCUAAUGUUAAAUUUCUCUCCCUAGGUAAACCGGUGCCGCCCACUGAGUGUACCGAUCCAUAUGAUGGCAGCAAGCAUCCAUUCGGCUCUAAGUGGAAUACAGCGCAGUGCAUGGGAUGCACAUGUAGUGAAAGUGGAACGGAGUGCUGUUCCAGGUAGGCCAAAUACCCAGAAUGGCACUGGGUCUAUAAAUCUCUUUCAAAUUAUUUUGCCCCGUUCUCUUUGGAAGAUCUUCUGCUCAAUAAACAUUCAGGGACGGAAUUAGCUGAAGACAGGUGUCCCAAUAAAUCUAUACCUUUGAAGAUAGGUUGCAUAAAAUUGUGGCCUACAUUUCCUUGAACCAAACAGUGAAUUGAUUGAUUAAUUCAGAUAUUUAUAGACUUUAUAGAAAGCAGACUCAUGAAAUUUGAUCUGGAACAAGCACUGAGCAUGUCCAGAGUGCCUUUCCAAUCAUCCGAUGACCAGGCAUUCGCUGUGUGGAAGCUUGGACUUUGGGAUCUCCCUGAGUCCCAGAUCCUCUCAUCCGGAGACCACCUAAGAGCUGGUGCUGGGGAGAGGGACCCCAAUGCGCCCAAUGGAACAGGACCCCUCCUCUUUCCUGCACCUUCCUGUCUCCUUCUGUCUCCCUCCUGGCUGGCCUCUUGGUUUCGCACCAACAUUUUGCUACACCCUUUUUUGUGCAUGGGUGCUGCCCUCAACCACUGCAAACAUAGUGGGGGGUGGAGGGUCAUCGUACAGCAACAUGCAAUGGCAUAUUGUGCAAGACAUUCAGCUUGGAUUCCCCAGGAGAAUUUGGCCUCAGGCCAAAUGUUUUCCAAGGGCUUGGUUUUCCCUGGAUGGAGCAAACAUCUUGCAAAACUGCUUUUCUGCCAGGUAGUUCCAAUCAUUCUUGGCAUGUCCUAAGUGAGCAGGAGAAAGGAGCGCUCCUCUACAAGAUCUCCAUAAGCUCAGGGAAGCCUAAGUUUACACAUUGUUCUUCUUCUUUUUAGGUACGGUGGUACUGCUGAUGUUCUGGGAUGUAAAGCAGUGGUAAAUCCAAACACAUGUGAAUAUGAGUUCUAUAAACUGGACGAUCCCUCCAAACCCUGUUUCUGAGCUUUACAAAUCCCACCCAAAUUCCCUUCAUGUAAGAGAAUCUGAAUAAAUCAGUCAUAUAUGCAUUUUGGUGUGUAUCUGUUGUCUUUGCUUGAUAUCACUACUUGCAGAAUUUGGUACAUAUCAUAAUGAAAGUGAUGGACAUGCCUAUCUCAGCUAUCAGCAGCUUUUUAGAGUCUAAUGGAUUAUUAACUAUUGCUUAAUUUGAAAUAAGUUGUUUAUUUUAAAGUUAUUGUGACUUUUUUUGUAUUGGAUCAGAUACAAGUCACUCACCAAUCACAAUUCUGACUUGGCUGAACCCCCUGACAGACAGGAGUGGCCAGGCUGGCUCAUUUAACAGAGGUUGCUUAGAACAUGCACAUUGUGCUUCAUAACUUUCUCCCUAGAAGGGUUAGAGACUCAUCUUUUAAAAUUUAUUUUUAUUAUAUUUGUAUACUGCCCUCCACCCAAAGAUCUCACGGCGGUUGACAGCAUAAAACUACAAAAUAAAAUGCAAAAUACCUACUAAAAACAGGAGGAGAAAAAGAAAAGGAAAAAGGAAACUACCUCUCCCACCCACUGGACCUUUUGGGAAGGAGGCACAUGAAGAAGGGCCUCAGAAGAUGAUUGUAGGGUCCGGGGAGUGUCUUGCUUUGGGGGGGUCAAAUCCCUCCCACAGCGGCAGCCAAGAGGCAGAGAAAGGAUGAAAGUUCUUAAAAGAACUGGCAGAUGUGAUCUCAGAACCACUGGCAGUCAUCUUUGAGAAUUCCUGGAGAACAGGCGAAGUCCCGGCAGACUGGAGGAGGGCAAAUGUUGUCCCUAUUUUCAAAAGGGGGAAAGAGAGGACCCAAAUAAUUACCGCCCAGUCAGUCUGACAUCAAUACCAGGGAAGAUUCUGGAGCAGAUCAUUAAGCAAACAGUCUAUGAGCACCUAGAAAGGAAUGCUGUGAUCACCAAUAGUCAGCAUGGAUUUCUGAAAAAUAAGUCAUGUCAGACUAACCUGAUCUCGUUUUUUGUUUUUUUGUUUUUUUUAAAUGAUUUUUAUUAAGAUUUCAGUAAAAGAUUAAACAGAAAAACAUAAAAAAGAAAUAUACAAAUACACAAUACAUAAUCCACAGAAGAAGAAAAAAAAACACAGAGAACAAAAAACGAAAAAAGAAACAGAACAAUUAAAAACAAUAUCACCUUUUCAUUUCCGUUUUUAAAUUUACUUAUUUUCUGGACCUCCUCAUACCUCCCUCUUUUGUAUUCCAGUCCAAAUUGUUUGUCCAGCAAUUUCUUUUCCACUUUUUAAUCCCAAUCUUUAAUCUUAAUGUAAUAUAGCAUUAAAAUUUUACCUCUUAAAUACCAAAUUUCCAUUUCCUUAAACUUCUUUAAUCCUAAUCUUUAAUCUUAGUCUAUCUAUAACUUUAAAUCCUGUACAGCUGGAAACCACUUAUUUUCAAUCCAACAUCACUCUAGCAUUCUUUAAUUUUGCAGUGUUUCUGUAGAUAAUCUUUGAAUUUCUUCCAAUCUUCCUCCACCGACUCUUCUCCCUGGUCACGGAUUCUACCAGUCAUUUCCGCCAGUUCCAUAUAGUCCAUCAGUUUCAUCUGCCAUUCCUCCAGCGUGGGAAGUUCUUGUGUCUUCCAAUACUUUGUGAUGAGUAUUCUUGCUGCUGUUGUUGCAUACAUAAAGAAAGUUCUAUCCUUUUUUAUCACCAUUUGGCCGACCAUGCCCAGAAGAAAGGCCUCAGGUUUCUUAGGGAAGGUAUAUUUGAAUACCUUUUUUAAUUCAUUAUAUAUCAUUUCCCAGAAAGUCUUAAUCUUUGGACACGUCCACCAAAGGUGAAAAAAUGUACCUUCAGUUUCUUUACAUUUCCAACAUUUAUUAUCGGGCAAAUGAUAGAUUUUUGCAAGCUUGACUGGGGUUAUGUACCACCUGUAUAUCAUUUUCAUAAUAUUCUCUCUUAAGGCAUUACAUGCCGUAAAUUUCAUACCUGUGGUCCACAACUGUUCCCAGUCAGCAAACAUAAUGUUAUGUCCAACAUCUUGUGCCCAUUUAAUCAUAGCCGAUUUUACCGUUUCAUCCUGAGUGUUCCAUUUCAGCAGCAAGUUGUACAUUCUUGACAAAUUCUUAGUUUGGGGUUCUAACAGUUCAGUUUCUAAUUUUGAUUUUUCCACCUGGAAGCCAAUUUUCUUAUCCAAAUUAUAUGCCUCCAUUAUCUGAUAAUAAUGAAGCCAAUCUCUCACUUUGUUUUUUAGUUUUUCGAAACUCUGCAAUCUCAAUUUAUCUCCUUCUUGUUCCAAAAUUUCCCAAUAAUUCGGCCAUUUGACCUCCAUAUUGAGCUUUUUCAAGGCUUUCGCUUCCAUUGGUGACAGCCACCUUGGGGCUGAUCUCGUUUUUUGACAGAAUUACAAGCCUGGUAGAUGAAGGGAACGCAGUGGAUGUAGCCUACCUUGAUUUCAGCAAGGCAUUUGACAAGGUGCCCCAGGAUAUUCUUGUAAAGAAGCUGGUAAAAUGUGGUCUUGACUAUGCUACCACUCAGUGGAUUUGUAACUGGCUGACUGACCGAACCCAAAGGGUGCUCAUCAAUGGUUCCUCUUCAUCCUGGAGAAGAGUGACUAGUGGGGUGCCACAGGGUUCUGUCUUGGGCCCGGUCUUCUUCAACAUCUUUAUCAACGACUUGGAUGAUGGACUCAAGGGCAUCCUGAUCAAAUUUGCAGAUGACACCAAACUGGGAGGGGUGGCUAGCACCCCAGAGGACAGGAUCACACUUCAAAACGACCUUGACAGAUUAGAGAACUGGGCCAAAACAAACAAGAUGAAUUUUAACAGGGAGAAAUGUAAAGUAUUGCACUUGGGCAAAAAAAUGAGAGGCACAAAUACAAGAUGGGGACACCUGGCUUGAGAGCAGUACAUGUGAAAAGGAUCUAGGAGUCUUGGUUGACCACAAACUUGACAUGAGCCAACAGUGUGACGCGGCAGCUAAAAAGCCAAUGCAAUUCUGGGCUGCAUCAAUAGGAGUAUAGCAUCUAGAUCAAGGGAAGUAAUAGUGCCACUGUAUUCUGCUCUGGUCAGACCUCACCUGGAGUACUGUGUCCAGUUCUGGGCACCACAGUUCAAGAAGGACACUGACAAACUGGAACGUGUCCAGAGGAGGGCAACCAAAAUGGUCAAAGGCCUGGAAACGAUGCCUUAUGAGGAACGGCUAAGGGAGCUGGGCAUGUUUAGCCUGGAGAAGAGGAGGUUAAGGGGUGAUAUGAUAGCCAUGUUCAAAUAUAUCAAAGGAUGUCACAUAGAGGAGGGAGAAAGGUUGUUUUCUGCUGCUCCAGAGAAGCGGACACGGAGCAAUGGAUCCAAACUACAAGAAAGAAGAUUCCACCUAAACAUUAGGAAGAACUUCCUGACAGUAAGAGCUGUUCGACAGUGGAAUUUGCUGCCAAGGAGUGUGGUGGAGUCUCCUUCUUUGGAGGUCUUUAAGCAGAGGCUUGACAACCAUAUUUCAGGAGUGCUCUGAUGGUGUUUUCUGCUUGGCAGGGGUUGGACUCGAUGGCCCUUGUGGUCUCUUCCAACUCUAUGAUUCUAUGAUUAUUACCAAGCAAUUUAUUCAGUAAUUCACAAAGCGUGACAAAGGAAUGCAGUCUUCCCUAAAUAAAGGCAUUGCUCCAAGUAAAGUCCCCUCCCCUCCAGGUCUCCCCUAUUCUACGUCACUCCUGCAUCGGCUGAUUUGAGCUGUCUGCCUCUGUGCUCUCUGUUCUGCUACCCUCGAUGCCCACCUGGCCCUGGAAGGGGGGCUGGCCAGGAAUCCUUUCCAAGGACACGGAGUCUGUCAGCUGACUCUCCCCUGGUGCUGCUGCUGCUUCUGCUCUUCCUCUCCCAAUAUUUCCCAGCUUCUGCCCUCUGCAGCCUCUCGGUUAUGCCCUUCUGCAAACCACUGUUCUUCAUUGGCUUCCCGAUAGAUAUGCUAUUUCCACUAAUAUAUUCAUUUUUAAGCACAUUUUUACCCACUUCAUGUAUUUUGGUAAACAAUGGUUAGUUGGUGAACUGCAUCACAAAAUUUGGAUAACUGAAUUUCCAGAGAUGCCUCUGUUUUGGUUCUCAUAUUAUUUUGAAAAGUGCAAAUUUGAUAAAUUUGCCUUUCAGUAUGAACUUAAGUGAACCCCCCCCCCCAAUUCCUAAUCAAGACCGGUUUCUUCUAAUGUGCAGCCAAGCACAUUUCGCGCAGUGUGUGUGUUUGAAAUGUUGUGUGGAAUGAAACACAUUUCUACACAGCUGGGCCUGGUGCACACCCAGCCCGAGAUUCCCCAAGCAAAUCUGCCUCAGGCAAACCCAGGUAUGAUUUCCAAAACCUUCGUUUCCCCGGGAUCCAGCAAAGCAUUUCCAAGAUAGAUGAAGGCUGUGGAAGAAAAACACCUUGGCGACUUUAGAUCAAGCUUGGCCUGCAUGUUCAGCUCCUUCUUAGAUACGGUGAUUCUGCAGGUGCUGAUGGAUGCAAAGGGGAUUGGGCCGAAUUGCUGCGAUAAAGAUGAAUGUAUUGCCUAGAAUGUUGUUUUUGUUUCAAACAUUGCAAAUUAUGGACAAAAUGGACUGUUUCAAGAGGUGGCAAAGAGAUAUUUCUAAAUUUAUCUGGCAGGGCAAAAAGCCUAGAAUAAAAUUUAAAAUAUUAACAGAUGCAAUGGAAAGAGGUGGAUUUGCCCUGCCAGAUCUUAAACUUUAUUAUGAAUCAGCCGCAUUUUGCUGGCUGAAAGAUUGGCUACUUCUUGAAAAUACGGACAUUUUGGACUUAGAAGGUUUUGAUAAUGUGUUGUUUUUUUUAAAAUAAUUUUUUAUUAAAGUUUUAAACAAACAAAAAAGAAAAACAACACACACACAAAACAAUACAAAACUUAACAAUAUAAACACAAAACAAUUAAUAACAAACUCUCUUUUCCAUUUCCAAUUUUAAAUUACUUAUUUUCUGGACUUCCUCAUACCUCCCUCUUUUGUAUUCCAAUCCACAUUAUUUAUCCAGCAGUUUCUUUUCCACUUUUUUAAUCCCAAUCUUUAAUUUAAUAAAAUGUUAAAAUAUAUAGCUUCAACUUUUUUAAACCUAAUCCUUGAUCUUAAUAUCCUGUAACUUUAAAGUUUUCCCUUUUAAAAUCAAAUUUCCAUUUCUUUAAACUUCUUUGAUCUUAAUCUUUAAUCUUAAUCUAUCCUUAACUUUAACCUGUGCAGCUGGAAACCACUUAUUUUCAGUCCAACAUCACUCUAACAUUCCUUAAUUUUACAGUGUUUCUGAAGAUAGUCUUUGAAUUUCUUCCAAUCUUCCUCCACCGACUCUUCUCCCUGGUCGCGGAUUCUGCCAGUCAUUUCCGCCAGUUCCAUAUAGUCCAUCAGUUUCAUCUGCCAUUCCUCCAGCGUGGGAAGUUCUUGUGUCUUCCAAUACUUUGCGAUGAGUAUUCUUGCUGCUGUUGUUGCAUACAUAAAGAAAGUUCUAUCCUUUUUAACACCAUUUGGCCGACUAUGCCCAGGAGAAAGGCCUCUGGUUUCUUAGGGAAGGUAUACUUAAAUACCUUUUUAAUUCAUUAUAUAUCAUUUCCCAGAAAGCCUUAAUCUUUGGGCACGUCCACCAAAGGUGAAAAAAUGUACCUUCAAUUUCUUUACAUUUCCAACAUUUAUUAUCGGGCAAGUGAUAGAUUUUCGCAAGCUUGACUGGGGUUAUGUACCACCUGUAUAUCAUUUUCAUAAUAUUCUCUCUUAAGGCAUUACAUGCCGUAAAUUUCAUACCUGUGGUCCAUAACUGUUCCCAGUCAGCAAACAUAAUAUUAUGUCCAACGUCCUGUGCCCAUUUAAUCAUAGCCGAUUUUACCGUUUCAUCCUGAGUAUUCCAUUUCAGCAGCAAGUUAUACAUUCUUGACAAAUUCUUAGUAUUGGGUUCUAACAAUUCUGUUUCUAAUUUGGAUCUUUCCACCUGGAAGCCAAUUUUCCUGUCCAAUUUAAAUACCUCCAUUAUUUGAUAAUAAUGAAGCCAGUCUCGCACUUUGUUUUUUAGUUUUUCAAAACUCUGCAAUUUCAGUCUAUCUCCGUCUUGUUCCAAAAUUUCCCAAUAUUUCGGCCAUUUGACCUCCAUAUUGACCUUUUUCAAGGCUUUCGCUUCCAUUGGUGACAGCCACCUUGGGGUUUUAUUUUCUAGCAAAUCCUUAUAUCUUAUCCAGACAUUAAACAGCGCUUUCCUGACAAUGUGGUUUUUAAAUGCUUUAUGUGCUUUGACCUUAUCAUACCAUAAAUAUGCAUGCCAACCAAAUACAUUGUUAAAACCUUCUAGAUCCAAAAUGUCAGUGUUUUCAAGAAGUAGCCAUUCUUUCAACCAGCAAAAGGCUGCUGAUUCAUAGUACAGUUUAAGGUCUGGCAGGGCAAAUCCACCUCUUUCCUUUGCAUCCGUUAAUAUUUUAAAUUUUAUUCUGGGUUUCUUGCCCUGCCAGACAAAUUUAGAAAUAUCUUUCUGCCACUUCUUGAAACAAUCCAUUUUGUCCACAAUCUGCAAAGUUUGAAACAAAAACAACAUUCUGGGCAAUACAUUCAUCUUUAUCGCAGCAAUACGGCCUAGCAGUGAAAGCUUCAAAUUUGACCAAAUUUCUAAAUCUUUUUCACUUCUGACCAACAUUUUUCAUAGUUAUCUUAAAAUAAAUUCCCAUUUUUUGCUGUCAUGUUAAUCCCCAAGUAUUUAACUUUCUUAACCACUGUUAAACCUGUCUCAUUCUGAAACCUCUCUCUUUCAAACGGUGUUAAAUUUUUCUCUAGAACCUUAGUUUUUGACUUGUUCAAUUUAAAUCCUGCCACUUGACCAAAUUCUUGAAUCAGUUCUAAAACCCUUUUUGUACUAGAUUCUGGCUCCUGUAACGUCAAUACUAAGUCAUCUGCAAAUGCUCUCAAUUUAUAGUGUUUAAUUCCGACCGUUAUACCUUUAACCAUCUGGUCCCUUCUAAUCAUAUUCAGCAGAACCUCCAGGACCGAAAUAAAAAGAAGUGGGGAAAUUGGGCAACCUUGUCGUGUCCCUUUUUCAAUUUUCAGUUCUUCCGUCACAACGUUAUUUACAAUUAGUUUAGCCUUUUGUUCUGAAUAAAUUGCACUUAUACCAUUCUCAAAACCUUGGCCUACCCCCAUACCCUGAAGAUUCUUCUUCAUAAAAUUCCAAGAAAUAUUGUCAAAGGCUUUCUCCGCGUCUACAAAUAUCAACACUGCUUUAGUGUUUAUAUUCACUUCUAAUUUCUCCAAAAUAUCAAUUAUAUUCCUCAAAUUAUCAGACAAAUGUCUUCCUGGGAGAAAGCCCGCUUGGUCUUUAUGAAUCUCUUCCAACAGCACUUUUUUAAAUCUCUUCGCCAACAUAUCUGCAAAAAUUUUGUAAUCCACAUUAAGUAAUGAUAUAGGGCAGUAGUUCUUAAGUUGUGUCUUUUCAAUCUCUGUUUUUGGUACAAGUGUAAUAUAUGCUUCUUUCCACGACUCUGGUGCCCUCUUCCCCUCCAUAAUUUCGUUACAGACCUCUUUCAAAGGUUGAAUUAACCAUUCUUUUAAAGAUCUGUAGUAUCUAGAGGUCAAGCCGUCUGGUCCUGGAGAUCUACCCAGUUGCAUGUUUUGAAUGGCACCUUCUAAUUCCUGUUCAGUUAUUCUGUCAUUCAAAAUUAGUCUCUUUUCUUGAGAUAUUUUUUGUAGUCCAUUUGUUUUCAAAAAUUGGUCUAAAUCUGUUCCUUUCACUGGCCCUUGAGUAUAUAAUCUUUUAAAAUACUUCUGGAAACAACUUCUAAUCUCCGCAGGGUUCUGUAUAUUCCUUCCUUCCACUUCUAAAUUCAUAAUCGUAUUUAGUUUUUGUCUCUUUUUCAUUUGCCAUGCCAACAAUUUACCACAUUUAUUGGCCGAUUCAAAAGUCUUUCGUCUCAUUUGUUUAAUUUUCCUUUCUAUUUCCUGAUUCAUUAUUUUCAUAUAUUGUACUUGAUAUAACUUUAACUCUCUCAGAAUCUCUUGAGAUUUGGGAUUUACUCUCAGUCUUUUUUCACAUUCAUUCAUUUUGUGUUUGGAUGGCAUGCAUAUUUAUGGUAUGACAAGGUUAAAGCGCACAAGGCCUUUAAGGACCACAUUGUCAGGAAAGCACUGUUUAAUGUUUGGGUGAGAUAUAAGGAUUUGUUGGAAAGUAAAACACCAAGGUGGCUGUCACCAAUGGAGGCUAAGGCUUUGAAAAAAACUAAUAUGGAGACAAACUGGCCAAAAUACUGUGAAAUUCUAGAACAAGUUGGAGAUAAAUUAAAGCUGCAGAGCUUUGAUAAACUAAAAACUAAAGUUCGAGAUUGGCUUCAUUAUUAUAAAAUAAGGGAGGCUUUUAACCUAGAUAAAAAGAUUGGUUUCCAGGAGAAAAAAUCCAAACUGGAAACUGAAUUGUUAGAGCCUAAAAUUAAGAACUUGUCAAGAAUGUAUAACUUGUUGCUGAAAUGGAAUACACAGGAUGAAACGGUUAAAUCUGCUAUGAUUAAAUGGGCACAAGAUUUUGGACAUAAUAUUAUGUUUGCUGACUGGGAACGGUUAUGGACCACAGGAAUGAAAUUUACGGCUUGUAAUGCUUUAAGAGAAAACAUAAUGAAAAUGAUUUAUAGGUGGUACUUAACCCCAGUCAAGCUAGCCAAAAUUUAUCAUACGCCCGAUAAUAAAUGUUGGAAAUGUAAAGAAAAUGAAGGUACUUUCUUCCACCUUUGGUGGACGUGCCCAAAGAUCAAGGCCUUCUGGGAAAUGAUAUACAAUGAAUUAAAAAAGGUAUUGAAAUAUACUUUUCUAAAGAAACCAGCGGCCUUCCUCUUGGGUAUGGUCGGCCAAUUGGUGCGAGGGAAGAUAGAACUUUUUUUAUGUAUGCGAUAGCAGCAGCGAGAAUACUUAUUGGGAAAUACUGGAAGACACAAGAAUUGCCUACCCGAGAAGAAUGGCAGAUGAAAGUGAUGGACUAUAUGGAACUGGCUGAGAUGACCGGCAGAAUUCGAGACCAGGGAGAAGGGUCGAUGGAAGAAGACUGGAAAAAAUUUAAAUUAUAUCUUCAAAAAUAUUGUAACAUAAAAGAAUGUUAGAAAGAGGUUGGAAAAAGAUCAUUAGGUCGUUUAGGCUGAGAUGAUAUUAUGGACUAAGUAAAAAUGAAGUGUAGAAAUGAAGUGAUGGGAUAGAGGAGUACUAAUUAUGCUAUCGAAUGUUAAAAUAAGUAAUGAAAAGAAGGUUAGAAGGAUUUGCUGGAAAUAUGAUUUAAACUAGAAUACAAAGCAGGGAGGUGAGAGGAGGUCACGGAAAUAAGUAAAAGAAAAAAAGGUUGUAAAGGUUUAACUUUAUAAUAUAAAUAUAAAAAUACAUUACAAUAAAAUGAAACAAAAAUCUUGUUUCAUUUUAUUGUAAUGUAUUUUUAUAUUUUUUGUUGCGUUUUUCUUAUUGUUUGUUUUUUUGUUGUAUGUUUAUUCUAUUGUGUAUGGUUUUCUUUUUCUUUUUUAAUUUGAAAUUUGGAAUAAAUAUCUUAAAAAAAAACAAAAAACAAAGGGGAGUUAGGUUAAAAAACAUGGGAAUAUAAGUACAUUAAAAUCCAAAGCCCCUCCAAGGCAUGUUUCUAAGCUUUCAACACACAUCCCUGUCCUUUCACAUACGGGAAUCUAAAUAAAUCAGUUAUUUUUGUGUGUCUCUUAUCUUUUAUUGAUGCCUUUAUUAUCGUGGAUAAAAAUAAGUAUAUUCCACUGUGACCCAAAAACUACCCCCAUUCUCCCAAGAAAACGCAGGCAAGGCACCUCAGGCCCACAAGUCAGUUGGGUCAGCUGAGAUUAAGGCCACAUGAGCAGCAUCCAUUGAAAGCACUCGGAGGUCCCUUUCACAGUCAUGGUGUCCCCCUAAUCAUCUUGGGAAGGAUGUGAAGGGUGCUGAGGGGUGUCCUAGUCCCUUCUCCAGACUUGCCUGGGAAGAGGCAUUGAUUGUUAAACUACUCUGGAAGUGUAGCUCGCUGAGAGGAAUUGACACUACUUGUAAAAAGGUAAAGGACCCCUGACAGUUAAGUCCAGUUGCGAACGACUCUGGCUUUACUGGCUGAGGGAGCUGAGGUUUGUACACAAACAGUUUUUCCGGGUCAUGUGGCCAGCAUGACUAAGCCACUUCUGGCAAAACCAGAGCAGCGCAUGGAAACGCCGUUUACCUUCCCGCUGGAAGUUUAUCUACUUGCACACUGACGUGCUUUCGAACUGCUAGGUGGGCAGGAGCAGGGACCAAGCAACGGGAGCUCACCCCGUCGUGGGGAUUCGAACCACUGACCUUCCGAUCGGCAAGCCCAAGGCUCACUGGCUUACACCACAGCGCUACCCACAUACAUCUCCCAAAAUAUUGCUGAGGAAUUCACUUCCCUGGGGCUCCAGGGAAGUGGUGUCUUCUGCCUCGGCGCAGCCGUAGUCUGGUCCUGGGGGUCCAUGUUUCCCUCCCUGCGUGGCCCUUGGUGCCUCUCCCUUCUUGCUAAAAAGCCCCUGACCGCAAGGUUGCUAAAGAUGCCUUAUGAUUGAAGCAUGGCAAGAUCUUUUCUUGCUAGAGCCCCUGGCCAUAAGGUUGCUAAAGAUACCCAAUUUCUUCAGAAACAUGCAACAACUUGUUUUUCUUACUAAAAAGUCCCUAACCUCGUGAUUUCUAAAGAAACAUCACCCUAUAGAAUGUUUAGCCACAGCUAUUUUGAAAUACCAAUAGCAACCUAUGCCCUAACUGCUUUAGUCCUUUAGCCUUGUGACCUUCAUAAUUAAUUUAAAAAAUCAUGUUUUAUUUUACGAAAGCAAUCUGAAAAGACAACCUAUAUAAUUUCUCACAGCCAGGGAGGAAUUUUUCCUGCAGAUAAAUGGGCUUUUGUUUGUCUCAGAGCAAAUGUCACAACUUUGGCAGAUGACUGACUGCAGAGGCAGAACAGUGACUGGUAGUGGAUGAAAGCCCUCUCCUAAUUUCAUGUGCCUGCAUCAUGUCACCUCUUACUUGCCUUUUCUCUAGGGUAAGAAAUCCCAAAUGCUGCAAUCUUUCCUUGGGCGAGUUGCUCCACCCCCUUGUUCAUUUUGCUUGCAAUGUUUUCUUCCUGGCAAGCAUUUUCUUGGCCAGUUUGCUGGCCUUUUUUGACAGUAUCCUUCUUGAGGUGAGGCUGUAAAGACAAAUAUCUAGAGCCAUAUCUCUUGCAGAACUCAACACUAUCCUGGUCUAAUAACGUUUAACCUGAUUUUCCUGUUCCCGGUUCUGGUUCUGAACUGCACUUAUCAAUGAAUGUCUCCUCUCCCAGCUGUUAUUGGAAACAUGUAUGUCAGCAGAAGCAAAUAUUUUCUUCGGCCAGUUAAGACCUCCAUCCCUCUCAUUUUGCCCCUCCUCCUUCCCAUUUGUAUAAAAGGGGGGUAUGGGAUUCUCCACAGACUUACAUGAGGGACACCAGAGCUCUUUCCUCCACGCCCCAGUAAGAGUUUGCCAGCAAAUCAUUGAAAAACCAAGAUGGUAAGUGGAAUGCUUUGGGGAUGGUUGGCACACAACUUUUCUUUAAUCUAGAUUAGGUUUAAAUGGUGGAAAGGGAGAUUUGUGUGUGGAGAGGGGGUGUGCAAAGGCAUUCAGAAUUAUGAGGAUUGUGUACCUCACUUGCUGAGGCUUUCUCAGACUCCAGGCUUAUCUGAAGGCUUAUCCACCCUUACUUUUCCUCUGCUCUUUCCAGGCACAGUCUGUGCUUUGCAGCAGGGGUAGGCAACCUAAGGCCCAGGGGCAGGAUGCAGCCCAAUCGCCUUCUCAAUCCGGCCCACGUACAGUCCAGGAGUUUUUACAUGAGUAGAAUGUUUCCUUAUAUUUAAAAUGCAUCUCUGGGUUAUUUGUAGGGCAUAGUAAUUUGUUCAUAUUUCCCCCCAAAAUAUAGUCCAGCCCACCACAUGCUCUGAGGGACGGUGGGCUGACCCACGGCUGAAAAAGGUUGCUGACCCUGCUCUAUAGCUUUAGAGCUCACAUUUGGGGAUCAAAUCCAAAGCCGGGAUUGCUUUUGUAAUUCUGGAACGGUCCCUCUUAAAAAUCCCUCUUAAGUAUAAAAUGACCCAACUCAGCUACUCAAGUGUAGAAGCUUAAUAUAGAGGGAUUUUUUCAAAGGCCUAGGGUUGAAUCCAGUGCGAAUCAUACCCAGAGUAGAUCCAUUGAAAUUGAUGGACAAGACUAACUUACGCACAUUAAUUUCAGUGGGUCCGCUCUGAGUACAAUUUAGGCACAUAGAAUCCAUUUUUUAACAGAACGAGAGGUUCUAGAUAUAAAUAUAUGAUAGCACCAUCUUGAAUGAUUUGUGCAUGUGUGUGUCUGUUUUGCAGAAAAUUCUCUUGAGCUUGACUGCCUUGUCUUUGACACUUGCCUUGUGUCAGGGAUUCUGCACGUUCAGCGAGCACAAAGCAGAGAUUAAAGAUGGUAAGUAAACAGCAACGUAAUGUUAAUAUGUAACCUAUUCAUGGCCAAAUAAUUAUUUAAUGUUUGAAAAAUGUGUUCCUGACUAGAGAUGAGGGGGAAAUGCACCCCAUUCAUAUUUUAGCAUAAACCUACCAAAUCUGCUCUUGCAGAACCAGAACACAGACCAAAAUGCAGCUACCUUCAAAAUCUACACUUCUCUGGAUGUUGUGAUGCUGCUCAGAGUCUAAAAUGACCUGACGCUGCUCCCGUCUCAUCUUCUCAUUGAUGAGUCCCUGCUUAAGCUCUUACUUUUAUUAUGUAUUUUGUGUUCUUUAUAUUGUAUUUUUAGGUUGUGAACUGCCCUGAGGAUGGUAUAUAAAUAGUAAUAAUAUUAACUGAUAGAAAUUGAAACGGCCAGAUUCCCCAUCCACAGGGCACCCCAUUCACUCCCACCCUGUUUUAAGCUUGGAACCACCAUCUGCAGACGCAAGCAGGAGACUGCAUGGCCGCAGUAUAAGUCACUGUGCUUUGUGCUGAGCAGCAGCUUCUUACUGCAUGAGCUGUUUGGGGGCUAAUGUUAAAUUUCUCUCCCUAGGUAAACCGGUGCCGCCCACUGAGUGUACCGAUCCAUAUGAUGGGAGCAAGCAUCCAUUCGGCUCUAAGUGGAAUACAGCGCAGUGCAUGGAAUGCACAUGUAGUGAAAGUGGAAUGCAGUGCUGUUCCAGGUAGGCCAAAUACCCAGAAUGGCACUGGGUCUAUAAAUCUCUUUCAAAUUAUUUUGCCCCGUUCCCUUUGGAAGAUCUUCUGCUCAAUAAACAUUCAGGGACGGAAUUAGCUGAAGACAGGUGUCCCAAUAAAUCUAUACCUUUGAAGAUAGGUUGCAUAAAAUUGUGGCCUACAUUUCCUUGAACCAAACAGUGAAUUGAUUGAUUAAUUCAGAUAUUUAUAGACUUUAUAGAAAGCAGACUCAUGAAAUUUGAUCUGGAACAAGCACUGAGCAUGUCCAGAGUGCCUUUCCAAUCAUCCGACGACCAGGCAUUCGCUGUGUGGAAGCUUGGACUUUGGAAUCUCCCUGAGUCCCAGAUCCUCUCAUCCAGAGACCAUCUAGGAGCUGGUGCUGGGGAGAGGGACCCCGAUGCACCCAAUGGAACAGGACCCCUCCUCUUUCCUGCACCUUCCUGUCUCCUGCUGUCUCCCUCCUGGCUGGCCUCUUGGUUUCGCACCAACAUUUUGCUACACCUUUUUUGUGCAUGGGUGCUGCCCUCAACUACCGCAAACAUAGUGGAGGGGGGGAGGAGGUCAUCGUACAGCAACAUGCAAUGGCAUAUUGUGCAAGGCAUGUCCUUUGUGCAUUCAGCUUGGGUUCCCCAGGUGAAUUUGGCCUCAGGCCAAAUGUUUUCCAAGGGCUUGGUUUUCCCUGGAUGGAGCAAACAUCUUGCAAAACUGUUUUUCCGCCAGGUAGUUCCAAUCAUUCUUGGCAUGUCCUAAGCGAGCAGGAGAAAGGAGCGCUCCUCUACAAGAUCUCCAUAAGCUCAGGGAAGCCUAAGUUUACACAUUGUUCUUCUUCUUUUUAGGUACGGUGGUACUGUUGAUAUUCCGGGAUGUAAAGCAGUGGUAAAUCCAAACACAUGUAAAUAUGAGUUCUAUAAACUGGAUGAUCCCUCCAAACCCUGUCCCUGAGCUUUACAAAUCCCACCCAAAUUCCCUUCAUGUAAGAGAAUCUGAAUAAAUCAGUCAUAUAUGCAUUUUGGUGUGUAUCUGUUGUCUUUGCUUGAUAUCACUCCUUGCAGAAUUUGGUACAUAUCAUAAUGAAAGUGAUGGACAUGCCUAUCUCAGCUAUCAGCAGCUAUUUAGAUACUAAUGGAUUAUUAACUAUUGCUUAAUUUGAAAUAAGUUGUUUAUUUUAAAGUUAUUGUGACUUUUUUUGUAUUGGAUCAGAUACAAGUCACUCACCAAUCACAAUUCUGACUUGGCUGAACCCCCUGACAGACAGGAGUGGCCAGGCUGGCUCAUUUAACAGAGGUUGCUUAGAACAUGCACAUUGUGCUUCAUAACUUUCUCCCUAGAAGGGUUAGAGACUCAUCUUUUAAAAUUUAUUUUUAUUAUAUUUGUAUACUGCCCUCCACCCAAAGAUCUCACGGCGGUUGACAGCAUAAAAAUACAAAAUAAAAUGCAAAAUACCUACUAAAAACAGGAGGAGAAAAAGAAAAGGAAAAAGGAAACUACCUCUCCCACCCACUGGACCUUUUGGGAAGGAGGCACAUGAAGAAGGGCCUCAGAAGAUGAUUGUAGGGUCCGGGGAGUGUCUUGCUUUGGGGGGUCAAAUCCCUCCCACAGUGGCAGCCAAGAGGCAGAGAAAGGAUGAAAGUUCUUAAAAGAACUGGCAGAUGUGAUCUCAGAACCACUGGCAGUCAUCUUUGAGAAUUCCUGGAGAACAGGCGAAGUCCCAGCAGACUGGAGGAGGGCAAAUGUUGUCCCUAUUUUCAAAAAGGGGAAAAGAGAGGACCCAAAUAAUUACCGCCCAGUCAGUCUGACAUCAAUACCAGGGAAGAUUCUGGAGCAGAUCAUUAAGCAAACAGUCUAUGAGCACCUAGAAAGGAAUGCUGUGAUCACCAAUAGUCAGCAUGGAUUUCUGAAAAAUAAGCCGUGUCAGACUAACCUGAUCUCGUUUUUUGUUUUUUUGUUUUUUUAAAAUGAUUUUUAUUAAGAUUUCAGUAAAAGAUUAAACAGAAAAACAUAAAAAAGAAAUACACAAAUACACAAUACAUAAUCCACAGAAGAAGAAAAAAAAACACAGAGAACAAAAAACGAAAAAAGAAACAGAACAAUUAAAAACAAUAUCACCUUUUCAUUUCCGUUUUUAAAUUUACUUAUUUUCUGGACCUCCUCAUACCUCCCUCUUUUGUAUUCCAGUCCAAAUUGUUUGUCCAGCAAUUUCUUUUCCACUUUUUAAUCCCAAUCUUUAAUCUUAAUGUAAUAUAGCAUUAAAAUUUUACCUCUUAAAUACCAAAUUUCCAUUUCCUUAAACUUCUUUAAUCCUAAUCUUUAAUCUUAGUCUAUCUAUAACUUUAAAUCCUGUACAGCUGGAAACCACUUAUUUUCAAUCCAACAUCACUCUAGCAUUCUUUAAUUUUGCAGUGUUUCUGUAGAUAAUCUUUGAAUUUCUUCCAAUCUUCCUCCACCGACUCUUCUCCCUGGUCACGGAUUCUGCCAGUCAUUUCCGCCAGUUCCAUAUAGUCCAUCAGUUUCAUCUGCCAUUCCUCCAGCGUGGGAAGUUCUUGUGUCUUCCAAUACUUUGCGAUGAGUAUUCUUGCUGCUGUUGUUGCAUACAUAAAGAAAGUUCUAUCCUUUUUUAUCACCAUUUGGCCGACCAUGCCCAGGAGAAAGGCCUCUGGUUUCUUAGGGAAGGUAUAUUUGAAUACCUUUUUUAAUUCAUUAUAUAUCAUUUCCCAGAAAGCCUUAAUCUUUGGACACGUCCACCAAAGGUGAAAAAAUGUACCUUCAGUUUCUUUACAUUUCCAACAUUUAUUAUCGGGCAAAUGAUAGAUUUUUGCAAGCUUGACUGGGGUUAUGUACCACCUGUAUAUCAUUUUCAUAAUAUUCUCUCUUAAGGCAUUACAUGCCAUAAAUUUCAUACCUGUGGUCCACAACUGUUCCCAGUCAGCAAACAUAAUGUUAUGUCCAACGUCUUGUGCCCAUUUAAUCAUAGCCGAUAUUACCGUUUCAUCCUGAGUGUUCCAUUUCAGCAGCAAGUUGUACAUUCUUGACAAAUUCUUAGUUUUGGGUUCUAACAGUUCAGUUUCUAAUUUUGAUUUUUCCACCUGGAAGCCAAUUUUCUUGUCCAAUUUAAAUGCCUCCAUUAUCUGAAAAUAAUGAAGCCAGUCUCGCACUUUGUUUUUUAGUUUUUCAAAACUCUGCAAUUUCAGUCUAUCUCCAUCUUGUUCCAAAAUUUCCCAAUAAUUCGGCCAUUUGACCUCCAUAUUGAGCUUUUUCAAGGCUUUCGCUUCCAUUGGUGACAGCCACCUUGGGGCUGAUCUCGUUUUUUGGCAGAAUUACAAGCCUGGUAGAUGAAGGGAACGCAGUGGAUGUAGCCUACCUUGAUUUCAGCAAGGCAUUUGACAAGGUGCCCCAUGAUAUUCUUGUAAAGAAGCUGGUAAAAUGCGGUCUUGACUAUGCUACCACUCAGUGGAUUUGUAACUGGCUGACUGACCCGAACCCAAAGGGUGCUCAUCAAUGGUUCCUCUUCAUCCUGGAGAAGAGUGACUAGUGGGGUGCCACAGGGUUCUGUCUUGGGCCCGGUCUUAUUCAACAUCUUUAUCAACGACUUGGAUGAUGGACUCAAGGGCAUCCUGAUCAAAUUUGCAGAUGACACCAAACUGGGAGGGGUGGCUAACACCCCAGAGGACAGGAUCACACUUCAAAACAACCUUGACAGAUUAGAGAACUGGGCCAAAACAAACAAGAUGAAUUUUAAAAGGGAGAAAUGUAAAGUAUUGCACUUGGACAAAAAAAAUGAGAGGCACAAAUACAAGAUGGGGGACACCUGGCUUGAGAGCAGUACAUGUGAAAAGGAUCUAGGAGUCUUGGUUGACCACAAACUUGACAUGAGCCAACAGUGUGACGCGGCAGCUAAAAAGCCAAUGCAAUUCUGGGCUGCAUCAAUAGGAGUAUAGCAUCUAGAUCAAGGGAAGUAAUAGUGCCACUGUAUUCUGCUCUGGUCAGACCUCACCUGGAGUACUGUGUCCAGUUGUGGGCACCACAGUUCAAGAAAGGACACUGACAAACUGGACCGUGUCCAGAGGAGGGCAACCAAAAUGGUCAAAGGCCUGGAAACGAUGCCUUAUGAGGAACGGCUAAGGGAGCUGGGCAUGUUUAGCCUGGAGAAGAGGAGGUUAAGGGGUGAUAUGAUAGCCAUGUUCAAAUAUAUAAAAGGAUGUCACAUAGAGGAGGGAGAAAGGUUGUUUUCUGCUGCUCCAGAGAAGCGGACACGGAGCAAUGGAUCCAAACUACAAGAAAGAAGAUUCCACCUAAACAUUAGGAAGAACUUCCUGACAGUAAGAGCUGUUCGACAGUGGAAUUUGCUGCCCAAGGAGUGUGGUGGAGUCUCCUUCUUUGGAGGUCUUUAAGCAGAGGCUUGACAACCAUAUUUCAGGAGUGCUCUGAUGGUGUUUUCUGCUUGGCAGGGGGUUGGACUCGAUGGCCCUUGUGGUCUCUUCCAACUCUAUGAUUCUAUGAUUAUUACCAAGCAAUUUAUUCAGUAAUUCACAAAGCGUGACAAAGGAAUGCAGUCUUCCCUAAAUAAAGGCAUUGCUCCAAGUAAAGUCCCCUCCCCUCCAGGUCUCCCCUAUUCUACGUCACUCCUGCAUCGGCUGAUUUGAGCUGCCUGCCUCUGAGCUCUCUGUUCUGCUACCCUCAAUGCCCACCUGGCCACAGAAGGGGGCUGGCCAGGAAUCCUUUCCAAGGACACGGAGUCUGUCAGCUGUCUCUCCCCUGGUGCUGCUGCUUCUUCUGCUCUUCCUCUCCCAAUAUUUCCCAGCUUCUGCCCUCUGCAGCCUCUCGGUUAUGCCCUUCUGCAAACCACUGUUCUUCAUUGGCUUCCCGAUAGAUAUGCUAUUUCCACUAAUAUAUUCAUUUUUAAGCACAUUUUUACCCACUUCAUGUAUUUUGGUAAACAAUGGUUAGUUGGUGAACUGCAUCACAAAAUUUGGAUAACUGAAUUUCCAGAGAUGCCUCUGUUUUGGUUCUCAUAUUAUUUUGAAAAGUGCAAAUUUGAUAAAUUUGCCUUUCAGUAUGAACUUAAGUGACCCCCCCCAUCCCUAAUCAAGACCGGUUUCUUCUAAUGUGCAGCCAAGCACAUUUCGCGCAGUGUGUGUGUUUGAAAUGUUGUGUGGAAUGAAACACAUUUCUACACAGCUGGGCCUGGUGCACACCCAGCCCGAGAUUCCCAAGCAAAUUUGCCUCAGGCAAACCCAGGUACUGAUUUCCAAACCUUCGUUUCCAGCAAAGCAUUUCCAAGAUAGAUGAAGGAUGUGGAAGAAAAACACCUUGGCGACUUUAGAUCAAGCUUGGCCUGCAUGUUCAGCUCCUUCUUAGAUACGGUGAUUCUGCAGGUGCUGAUGGAUGCAAAGGGGAGUUAGGUUAAAAAACAUGGGAAUAGAAGUACAUUAAAAUCCAAGGCCCCUCCAAGGCAUGUUUCUAAGUUUUCAACACACAUCCCUGUCCUUUCACAUACGGGAAUCUAAAUAAAUCAGUUAUCUGUGUGUGUCUCUUAUCUUUUAUUGAGUAUUUAUUACCAUGGGUAAAAAACAAGUACCGUAUUUUUUGCUCUAUAAGACUCACUUUUUCCCUCCUAAAAGUAAGAGGACAUGUGUGUGCAUCUUAUGGAGCGAAUGCAGGCUGCACACCUAUCCCAGAAGCCAGAACAGCAGCGAUCCCUCUUGCUGUUCUGGCUUCUGAGAUUCAGAAUAUUUUUUUUCUUGUUUUCCUCCUACAAAAACUAGGUCCGUCUUAUGGUCUGGUGCGUCGUAUAGAGCGAAAAAUACGGAAUAUUCCACUGUGACCAAACAACUACCCCCAUUCUCCCAAGAAAACGCAGGCAAGGCACCUCAGGCCCACAAGUCACUUGGGUCAGCUGAGAUUAAGGCCACAUGAGCAGCAUCCAUUGAAAGCACUCGGAGGUCCCUUUCACAGUCAUGGUGUUCGCCAAAUCAUCUUGGGAAGGAUGUGAAGGGUGCUGAGGGGUGUCCUAGUCCCUUCUCCAGACUUGCCUGGGAAGAGGCAUUGAUUGUUAAACUACUCUGGAAGUGUAGCUCGCUGAGAGGAAUUGACACUACUUGUAAAAAGGUAAAGGACCCCUGACAGUUAAGUCCAGUUGCGAACGACUCUGGCUUUACUGGCCGAGGGAGCUGACGUUUGUCCACAAACAGUUUUUCCGGGUCAUGUGGCCAGCAUAACUAAGCCACUUCUGGUGAAACAAGAGCAGCGCAGGGAAAGGCCGUUUACCUUUCCGCUGGAGCGAUACCUAUUUUUCUACUUGCACAUUGACGUGCUUUCGAACUGCUAGGUGGGCAGGAGCAGGGACCAAGCAAUGGGAGCUCACCCCGUCGUGGGGAUUCGAACCACUGACCUUCCGAUCGGCAAGCCCAAGGCUCACUGGCUUACACCACAGCGCUACCCACAUACAUCUCCCAAAAUAUUGCUGAGGAAUUCACUUCCCUGGGGCUCCAGGGAAGUGGUGUCUUCUGCCUCAGCGCAGCCGUAGUCUGGUCCUGGGGGUCCAUGUUUCCCUCCCUGCGUGGCCCUUGGUGCCUCUCCCUUCUUGCUAAAAAGCCCCUGACCGCAAGGUUGCUAAAGAUGCCUUAUGAUUGAAGCAUGGCAAGAUCUUUUCUUGCUAGAAGCCCCUGGCCAUAAGGUUGCUAAAGAUACCCAAUUUCUUCAGAAACAUGCAACAACUUGUUUUUCUUACUAAAAAGUCCCUAACCUCGUGAUUUCUAAAGAAACAACACCCUAUAGAAUGUUUAGCCACAGCUAUUUUGAAAUAGCAAUAGCAACCUAUGCCCUAACUGCUUUAGUCCUUUAGCCUUGUGACCUUCAUAAUUAAUUUAAAAAAUCAUGUUUUAUUUUGCGAAAGCAAUCUGAAAAGACAACCUAUAUAAUUUCUCACAGGCAGGGAGGAAUUUUUCCUGCAGAUAAAUGGGCUUUUGUUUGUCUCAGAGCAAAUGUCACAACUUUGGCAGAUGACUGACUGCAGAGGCAGAACAGUGACUGGUAGUGGAUGAAAGCCCUCUCCUAAUUUCAUGUGCCUGCAUCAUGUCACUUCUUACUUGCCUUUUCUCUAGGGUAAGAAAUCCCAAAUGCUGCAAUCUUUCCUUGGGCGAGUUGCUCCACCCCCUUGUUCAUUUUGCUUGCAAUGUUUUCUUCCUGGCAAGCAUUUUCUUGGCCAGUUUGCUGGCCUUUUUUGACAGUAUCCUUCUUGAGGUGAGGCCCUGGAGACAAAUAUCUAGAGCCAUAUCUCUUGCAGAACUCAACACUAUCCUGGUCUAAUAACGUUUAACCUGAUUUUCCUGUUCCCGGUUCUGAUUCUGAACUGCACUUAUCAAUGAAUAUCUCCUCUCCCAGCUGUUAUUGGAAACAUGUAUGUCAGCAGAAGCAAAUAUUUUCUUCGGCCAGUUAGGACCUCCAUCCCUCUCAUUUUGCCCCUCCUCCUUCCCAUUUGUAUAAAAGGGGGUAUGGGAUUCUCCACAGACUUACAUGAGGGACACCAGAGCUCUUUCCUCCACGCCCCAGUAAGAGUUUGCCAGCAAAUCAUUGAAAAACCAAGAUGGUAAGUGGAAUGCUUUGGGGAUGGUUGGCACACAACUUUUUCUUUAAUCUAGAUUAGGUUUAAAUGGUGGAAAGGGAGAUUUGUGUGUGGAGAGGGGGUGUGCAAAGGCAUUCAGAAUUAUGAGGAUUGUGUACCUCACUUGCUGAGGCUUUCUCAGACUCCAGGCUUAUCUGAAGGCUUAUCCACCCUUACUUUUCCUCUGCUCUUUCCAGGCACAGUCUGUGCUUUGCAGCAGGGGUAGGCAACCUAAGGCCCAGGGGCAGGAUGCAGCCCAAUCGCCUUCUCAAUCCGGCCCACGUACAGUCCAGGAGUUUUUACAUGAGUAGAAUGUUUCCUUUUAUUUAAAAUGCAUCUCUGGGUUAUUUGUAGGGCAUAGUAAUUUGUUCAUAUUUCCCCCCAAAAUAUAGUCCAGCCCACCACAUGCUCUGAGGGACGGUGGGCUGACCCACGGCUGAAAAAGGUUGCUGACCCUGCUCUAUAGCUUUAGAGCUCACAUUUGGGGAUCAAAUCCAAAGCCGGGAUUGCUUUUGUAAUUCUGGAACGGUCCCUCUUAAAAAUCCCUCUUAAGUAUAAAAUGACCCAACUCAGCUACUCAAGUGUAGAAGCUUAAUAUAGAGGGAUUUUUUCAAAGGCCUAGGGUUGAAUCCAGUGCGAAUCAUACCCAGAGUAGAUCCAUUGAAAUUGAUGGACAAGACUAACUUACGCACAUUAAUUUCAGUGGGUCUGCUCUGAGUACAAUUUAGUCACAUAGAAUCCAUUUUUUUAACAGAACGAGAGGUUCUAGAUAUAAAUAUAUGAUAGCACCAUCUUGAAUGAUUUGUGCAUGUGUGUGUCUGUUUUGCAGAAAAUUCUCUUGAGCCUGACUGCCUUGUCUUUCACACUUGCCUUGUGUCAGGGAUCCUGCAUGUUUAGCGAGCCCAAAGCAGAGAUUAAAGAUGGUAAGUUAAUAACAGCAGCAGCAAUGUCAACAUGUAACAACAUAAUAUCAUGUUGCCAAACAGCCUAUUUAAUGUUUGCAAAAUCAGUGUUCCUGACUAGAGAUUGGGAAAUGUAUCCUGAUUCAGAUUUUUUAGCAUACACCUACCAAAUCUGCUCUUGCAGAACCAGAACACAGACCAAAAUGCAGCUACCUUCAAAAUCUACACUUCUCUGGAUGUUGUGAUGCUGCUCAGACUCUAAAAUGACCUGACGCUGCUCCCGUCUCAUCUUCUCAUUGAUGAGUCCCUGCUUAAGCUCUUACUUUAAUUAUGUAUUUUGUGUUUUUUAGGUUGUGAACUGCCCUGAGGAUGGUAUAUAAAUAGUAAUAAUAAUAACUGAUAGAAAUUCAAACGGACAGAUUCCCCAUCCACAGGGCACCCCAUUCACUCCCACCCUGUUUUAAGCUUGGAACCACCAUCUGCAGACGCAAGCAGGAGACUGCAUGGCCGCAGUAUAAGCAAGACAGACGUCCAGGGUCACUACCUUUCUUGUCAGCAACCAGGACAUGCAAGAAUAAAGGUGGCAAAGCUUCCCAUUCCACUCCUCUCCAUGUCAGGAAUCGCUUUACCUAUUACAUUUUCACUUAUCAGGCUGCGGUCAGAAGCACAGGAGGAGCUGGACAAGUGGACAAGUUGCAGCCACUGUGCUUCUCUUGCGCAGUCUCUGCAUUGUGCUGAGCAGCAGCUUCUUACUGCAUGAGCUGUUUGGGGGCUGAUAUUAAAUUUCUCUCCCUAGGUAAACCGGUGCUGCCCACUGAGUGUACCGAUCCCUAUGAUGGGAGCAAGCAUCCAUUCGGCUCCAAGUGGAAUACAGCGCAGUGCAUGGAAUGCAGAUGUAGUGAAAGGGGAAUGCAGUGCUGUUCCAGGUAGGCCAAAUACCCAGAAUAGCACUGGAUCUAUUAAUCUCUUUCAAAUUAUUUUGCCCCAUUCUCUCUGGAACAUCUUCUGCUCAAUAAACAUUCAUGGACGGAAUUAGCUGAAGAUGGGUGUCCCAAUUAAUCUUUACAUCUGAAGAUAGGUUGCUUAAAAUUGAGCAUGUCCAGAGUGCCUUUCCAAUCAUCCGAUGACCAGGCAUUCGCUGUGUGGAAGCUUGGACUUUGGGAUCUCCCUGAGUCCCAGAUCCUCUCAUCCGGAGACCACCUAAGAGCUGGUGCUGGGGAGAGGGACCCCGAUGCGCCCAAUGGAACAGGACCCCUCCUCUUUCCUGCACCUUCCUGUCUCCUUCUGUCUCCCUCCUGGCUGGCCUCUUGGUUUCGCACCAACAUUUUGCUUCACCCAUUUUUGUGCAUGGAUGCUGCCCUCAACCACCGCAAACAUAGUGGGGGGUGGAGGGUCAUCGUACAGCAACAUGCAAUGGCAUAUUGUGCAAGACAUGUCCUUUGUGCAUUCAGCUUGGGUUCCCCAGGUGAAUUUGGCCUCAGGGCAAAUGUUUUCCAAGGGCUUGGUUUUCCCUGGAUGGAGCAAACAUCUUGCAAAACUGUUUUUCUGCCAGGUAGUUCCAAUCAUUCUUGGCAUGUCCUAAGCGAGCAGGAGAAAGGAGCGCUCCUCUACAAGAUUUCCAUAAGCUCAGGGAAACCUUAGUUUACACAUUGUUCUUCUUCUUUUUAGGUACGGUGGUAUUGUUGAUGUUCCGGGAUGUAAAGCAGUGGUAAAUCCAAACACAUGUAAAUAUGAGUUCUAUAAACUGGACGAUCCCUCCAAACCCUGUUUCUGAGCUUUACAAAUCCCACCCAAAUUCCUUCCAUGUAAGAGAAUCUGAAUAAAUCAGUCAUAUAUGCAUUUUGGUGUGUAUCUGUUGUCUUUGCUU